AGGAGGAAGAGGGAGAAGAGGAAGGGGCAGAAGGCGGUGGCGCGGGGCGGCCGCGGCCAUGAGCUGCUCGGACGUGGCCAUGCAGCAGCCCGCCCCGGCGGCGUGCGGCGCGCCCCGCUAUCUGGCCGCGCCCGCGGCGGGAUGCGCGCAGAAGAAAUUAGCUGUGUACAACAAGAUGCAGGAAUCUCUGGAAGUGACCCUUCCCAGCAAGCAAGAGGAGGAUGAGAAAGACCAGCCUGCCGAGAUGGAGUACCUUAACUCGCGCUGCGUCCUGUUCACUUACUUCCAGGGAGACAUUGGUUCUGUAGUGGAUGAACACUUCUCAAGAGCUUUGAGCCAAGCCAGUAGCUUCAAUUCAGAAACUGCCCUUACCAAGAGCAAGACAGGGCUAAGUCCUCUGUGGAGAGAAAGCUCAACAAUUUCAAGCCAAAGGAGCAGUUUCCCAACUUCAUUUUGGACCAGCUCUUAUCAGCCUCCUCCUCCACCAUGCUUAAGUGGAGUACACCCUGAUUUCCCCGUUACUGCACCAGGCACCUUCCCAACACCAGAUCCCAGCAGCUGGCCAGGACACGGCCUUCAUCAGACUGCCCCACCUCCUCCCCCUGCUGCCUCCGAAUCCUGGCAUUAUCCUUUAGCAUCUCAGGUGAGCCCUUCGUAUGCACACAUGCAUGACGUGUACAUGCAUCGCCAUCACCCCCAUCCACACAUGCACCAUCACCAUCCCAGCUCGCACCGCGACCCCCGCUACGGGUCCCUGCUGAUGCCGUCAGUCCGCGCAGCCAGGAUUCCUGCUCCCCAGUGUGACGUGACAAAGACAGACCCCGCUGCUGUCACCAGCGCUACCUCAGCAUGGGCUGGAGCCUUUCAUGGAACAGUGGACAUUGUGCCAAGUUUUGGGUUUGAUACAGGUCUACAGCAUCAGGACAAGGGCAAGGAAACUGCUUGGUUCUGAAGUGCAGAGAAAUUAAGACCAGCUAGAGCUGGAGUCAGCACAGCUGGGCGGGCGAUACAGCAGUUGUUGACUCCUUCUGCGUGGAGCAGGGGACAUACAUGAAGAUGAAGAGCCAACUUUUCUGGUUUUGCUGUUGAGCCUUUUGUUUGUAAGGCCGUUUAUGGGUCCCACAGUGUUGGAAAAAACCAGAAACCUAACUUCUCUUUCUUUCCUCAUCUGAGCCUGCUGCAGCUGGGCAACCUAACUCCUUUCUGCUCCUUUAACAGUGUUUUGUUUUGUUCAGCUUGAUAUUUUUAUGGACAGUCUCAAUUGUCAGGAAAAAAAAAACCUCUCCCUCGAUUACAGUGCGCCUCCUUUCAGGAAUACAGUAUUUUGUAGCUCUUUGUGCAUCUAUUUUUGUAGAAAUACAGAAAGUUUGGGUAAGGAUUGAUGGGCUAUUUUAGGAUGACAUAUUUUUUUAAAAAAAAUUGUAAAAUUGUUAAGUUCUGUUUAAAGAACUUGCUCUCAGAGAAGCACUGGCAAAAAUGUAUAAAAUGCUAUUUUUAGAUGUCUGUGACGUGUUUGUGCAUUUUGGUUUUUUUUUGUUUGUUACCUCAAAUGUCUAUCUUUCCUUUCUUUUUGAAGAGCUAAACCACCCUUGUUUCCGCAUUACUAGAUUCUGAUGUUUUUGUCCUUUUGUUCUAGCUUAAGCAAGUAUAAUUCGCACCUAAAGUUUCAGCCAAAUAUUUUUUCCUGAUGUUAGAUUGUAGUAAGGGUGUUCUUAUUUUUCUUGCUUCUAAAGGUGACUUUGUGCUGCGCUGAUUGUCAGAAACUUGCAAAAACCUUUAGCAUAAAACAGAGCUUGAGGUUACAGGAACUGCAUUUCCAACCCAUCCAUUCUUUCAAAAUGGACCAAAUACUCUUACGGAUUUAAACCAGGCAUAAAUUUGGGCCUCUUCUAUGAUCCAUUGAAGCUGUUGAACACAGUACCCUGUGGGUUAUGUUGCAGGCCUUCGAAGUGCUUAUAAAUAUCAGUACAAUCUUACAGGCAGGACUUUCAGAUAAGCCAUUUUGAGGGUGGUAACUUAUAACGUCAGUAUUCAGGGGAAAAAAAAAACCAAAACAACAAACUAAAAAAAGCCAGGUUUAUACAAAUGUGCGACUCGUGGAAACAAAACGUUUUCAACUGGCCCAUGACCUGUGUGCUGAGCACCUCGAGAAAAGCGCUGAAAUCUUCAUCUCCUGUUGACUUCAGAAUGUGUUUGUCAAACCCAGGCUGUGCUGCGGGCCUUGCGAGACCCCAGCUGCAGCUCUCCGGUUUCGUAACCAGUUGCACGUGCUCAGCAUGCACACGUUGAGGCUUGGCUGCCAUCAGGGUAAGCGUCUGGAAACUUGGAAAACAACGUGGCCACAUCCAACCACAGCCCUCUGCAGUGUGUUUUGGGAAACCCCCUUUCUGGCCUGGGCCUUGGGUCUGACUUGCAUAAUAAAGGAGUUUAGUUGGAGCCGAGGUGAGCGCGCUCCAAUCCUGAAUAAGGGCUGCAGGAUCACCCUUGGCGGCCUCAGCGCUGCUUCCAUGCCUGACCCGUGGGGACUCCACCGAGUGUCAGGUGGGACUGAGGGGAGCCCGGGAUCGGGUCCUGGGUUGCCAGAUCCUGGCUAUUGCUUGGAGAUGUUGCCUUUCCCUGUGCCCAGGGUCCCACUGUAAUAUUUCCUGGGGCUCUUGCAACUCAUUAUGUUUUGUUACCGCUGUCUGCAGACAUCCCUUUUUGAAAGACACACCAGCGGAAUGGAAACCAAGACAUAAUCGCAUGGCUGAGAUAAGAAACAGUUUAAUUUCAAGGCACUGAGUGUUGUAAAUGUAGUUUUGUCAGGUGGAGACCACAUGGAUCUGCGUGUGAAAGGGGAGGGGGAGUGUUGGGAUGUGCAUGCCACUCCAGGGAUCAGGGCUCCCUCCCCACACUGCUGCUUCCCUCCAGCCCUUUUGAACUUGAUCCUAUGAGGUGUUGAGCGUUCUCCCUUGUCACGUGACAGAACUUGACAUGCUGGCACCGGAGGCAUUAGAAUUAUAUCACAAUUUGGCAAUACCCUUAUAGAUAUAUAUGUACCUUUCUCAUUUGAAGUUUGAGGCAACGUAUAAGUGCUGAAUGGACUAUGCUUAAGUAUUGCUUUAAAAGAGAGGGGUUAUAGUUUCUGUGUUGGGAUGAUGAAUUAAAUGUGCUGGGGUUUUUUUCCUCCUCUUUAUAGUCCAUCAGUAUUUCUUUCUCUUAAUAAAUUUCACUCUUGUGACAGUUCUAUAUAUUACUGCUCCUCUGGUGGAGCUGGCUUCUCAGUUUGUCAAUAAAUUCAUCAUACAAUGGGAAAACUGUGUGGGAGGGAAUGUGGUAAUAGCUGUCACAGUUCACUGUCUUAUCAGGACAAUAUAGUUCAAGAAAUGUUUCAAGAAUAAGAGUUCUGACUUAGAAAUUCUGAUGGUACUAGAAAUACUGGAAGAAGAAAAAAAAUCCAAGGUAUUUUUGGUUUUUUUUUUUUCCUGGACUUGGCAAAGCUGGAAGGCAAAGGAACAAUAUGUCCUCAUUGAACUUGAGGGAUGGAGACUUUAGGUGGCAGGGGGGUGCAAAAGAAAAGGCAACAUUUGUUUUUGAGGUGUGGUGUGUUUUACUUCCUGAAAUAGUUUAAAGUCUAGCAAGAGUGGUCUGUUCAUUGCCUUCCUCUUCACAAGUUCAUGCUAUGAGGGACCUCUUCCCAUUCCCUAUAGCUGUCAAAGCAAAACGGGACACAAAAAACCCAGGCCGACAGUUUGCACUGGAGUCUCUCUCUGGAUUGUAUUCUUGAGUUGUUGGUUAGUGGGGAUGAAUAUGUGAUGGAGCUAUUGCAUGUUCCACCUCAAGGACUGCUGUUCUGUGUCCAGUUUCCACUGCUGAACCUGUGAGUGAACAGAAGGAACUUCUGUUGCUCUGCAGGCUCUGAGAGACAAGUGCCAAUACAACCUGCCAUCAUCUGUAGUCAUUCCUGUACCAGUCAGUUGACUCUGAAAGUUAAAUAAAUUAAUUUUUUUUCCC